AAUAAGGAACACAUUUUUACAACUAGCGUGGGAUUUACUUCAAUCUAUGUAGCAGUGUUUUCUGAUAAAAAGAAAAAUGCCAGCAGAGAUGAACACAGAGGCAGAACAGCAGCUCCUCCAUAAUGCUAGAAAUGGAAACAGUGAAGAAGUCAGGCAACUUCUGGAAAACAUGGACAAAGGAGAGGUUAUCUUUAACAUCAACUGCAAAGGCAGAAGCAAAUCUAACUUGGGCUGGACACCUCUUCAUCUCGCAUGCUAUUUUGGGCAUACCAGUGUUGUCAAGGAUUUGCUGAAGGCUGGUGCUGAGGUAAAUGUCCUAAAUGACAUGGGAGACACUCCGUUGCAUCGUGCAGCCUUCACCAGGCGCAAGGAGGUAGUUAUGCUGCUUUUGGAAUACGAAGCUGAUACUUCCAUUGUUAAUGGAAAUGGACAAACUGCAAAAGAUGUUACGCAUGAUAAAGAAAUAAGAGAGAUGCUGGAAGCUGUGGAAAGGACUCAAGAAAGAAAACUUGAGGAACUUCUCCUGGGAGCAGCACGAGAAGGAGAGACUGGAAAACUUGCAGCACUGUUAAACAGGUCAAAUCCUCCUGACAUCAACUGCACUGAUCAGAUGGGAAAUACACCAUUACAUUGUGCAGCAUAUCGUGCCCACAAGCACUGUGCUUUGAAGCUCCUAAAAUGUGGAGCAGACUCCAAAAUAAAGAACAAAAAUGGUCAGACACCCUUUGCUUUAGCCCAAGGUGCAGAAAUGAAAAAAAUACUUGGAGGGGGCAUUGGGAAGGUGAUCAACAAGCCUCUGAAACGAUAUGAAGGACUCCUUUGGAAGAGUUCACGCUUUUUUGGGUGGAAGCCAUAUUGGGUAGUACUGGAACAUGGAGUCCUCUACUGGUACCAAAAACAAGCUGAUAUUGGAAAUAGUAAUCGCCGCCAAGGAUGCAAGCACUUAACACAAGCCAUUUGCACAGCAAAAAGUGAGGAUGGCUGCCUCUUCUCUAUCAAGUGCUUUGAUAACACGGUUCAUAGUUUUAAAGUUCCCAAGACCAACCAACAGUCAAGAGAGAACUGGGUACAAGCAAUUGAAGACCAUUCAGCAUACAGCACACACUAUUGUACUCAGGAACAACUGAGUGAUGAUGAGGAAGAAGAUGAUACAAUAUCAGUGGCUGAGUUACAAGCCACCCUAAAAGUAGCACAGUCAUGCCAACAAAGACUAGAUAAAGAGAUUUCUGGCUUCCUCAUCAUAAUUAAGUCAUGUGACAUUACUCAAGGAAUGCCUACUUCAUUUAUCAAGAAAGCUGAAGGGGUUUCUGAAACUUCAAGAGAAACUUGUGAAGCCCUAAGUAAUUGUCUCAAACUCUUCACUAAGCAAGAAGAGGUGAGGAAUCUGAAACUAGAACAUGAGCAAGAGAAAAGCAAGAUCUUAUCUGAAGCUCUGGAAACACUAGCCACUGAACAUCAUGAAUUGGAGCAGUCGCUAGUCAAAGGGUCACCACCUCUGAGCAUCCUUAGUGAGGAACAGUUCUAUGAUGCUGUUUCAGAUUCAGAAUCCGAAAAAUCAUUGAGUGGAUUUGAAACUGUGACAACUUACUCAUUGGAAGACAGCGUGGAUUCUAGUCAUACUGUAACAUCUGACAUGUCUGAACAAAAAGCCUGUAAAACUGGAGAGACUGUAUCAAAUGGCAUCAAAAAACACAGGACAAGCUUGCCCUCUCCAAUGUUUUCCAGAAAUGAUUUCAGUAUUUGGAGCAUCUUAAGAAAGUGCAUUGGAAUGGAGCUGUCCAAGAUCACUAUGCCAGUAAUUUUUAAUGAGCCACUGAGUUUUCUUCAGCGACUGACAGAAUACAUGGAGCAUACAUACUUAAUUCAUAAAGCCAGUUCACUUUCGGACCCAGUUGAAAGAAUGCAGUGCGUAGCUGCCUUUGCUGUCUCAGCUGUUGCCUCUCAGUGGGAACGUACAGGAAAGCCAUUCAAUCCAUUACUUGGAGAGACGUAUGAACUGGUCAGAGAAGAUCUUGGAUUCAGACUCAUCUCAGAGCAAGUUAGUCAUCACCCACCAAUCAGUGCUUUCUAUGCUGAAGGACUGAACAAUGACUUUGUUUUUCAUGGUUCCAUUUAUCCUAAACUCAAGUUUUGGGGAAAGAGUGUUGAAGCAGAACCUAAAGGGAUAAUAACUCUGAAACUUCUUGAACACAACGAAGCAUACACAUGGACAAAUCCUACAUGCUGUGUGCAUAAUAUUAUUGUGGGCAAGCUUUGGAUUGAGCAAUAUGGAAAUAUGGAAAUAACCAAUCACAAAACUGGUGAAAAAUGUCUGUUAAGCUUCAAACCCUGUGGUCUUUUUGGAAAAGAAUUGCACAAAGUUGAAGGCUGCAUUCUGGAUAAAAGCAAAAAGAAACUUUGUGCGCUGUAUGGAAAAUGGACUGAGUGUUUGUACAGUGUUGACCUUGCAACGUUUGAAGCUUACAAAAAGAAUGACAAGAAGAACACAGAAGAGAAGAAAAACAAUAAACAGAUGGCCAGUUCCGAGGAACUGGAUGAGAUGCCCUUACCAGAUUCGGAGAGUGUAUGUGUUAUUCCUGGAAGUGUGUUAUUAUGGAGGAUAGCUCCAAGGCCUUCAAACUCAGCACAGAUGUACAACUUCACUACCUUUGCUAUGGCUUUGAAUGAAUUGGAUCAAGAAAUGGAAAGUGUUAUUCCUAAAACUGACUGCAGGCUAAGACCAGAUAUAAGAGCUAUGGAAAAUGGUGACAUAGAUGUAGCCAGUGAAGAAAAGAAAAGACUUGAAGAAAAACAAAGAACUGCUCGUAAAAACCGGUCAAAGUCAGAGGAAGACUGGAAGACGAGGUGGUUCCAUCAAGGUCCAAAUCCAUACACCAGUGGACAUGACUGGAUAUACUCUGGGAAUUACUGGGACAGAAACUACUUCAGCUUGCCUGAUAUUUAUUAAAAUCCAGUGAGAAGUCUGAGCCUAACACAAACAAGUCUUAAUCAGUUUUCAGUGUUUUCCUUUGUUCCUAAACUCUUAGAAAAAUACAGACAAUUUUUAAAUGAAUGUACUAUUCAGCAGCUUCUGCAGCAAUUAUGGUAGCACAAGAUUGUUGCUGGGAGAAGUCUGUCACCCUCCCAUAUUAAACAAUGUAUAUAGACAUAUGCACACACACACACACACCUGUUUCAGAGAGAAGGAGCAUUAGUUAUAUUUGCUGAAGAAAACAGUGCAACUAAUGUUCAGUCCCAGGUUAAACAGAAACUAGAAACGUUUUUGUCUUUCUCAUUGGUCAGUCAUAGCGCUGCUCACAUAAUGGAAAUUUGAAACCUCUUAUAAAACAAAUAUCAAAAGUACAUUCAUGACAUGCAGUACUACUAUGGCUCUAAGCCAGAGAAGGGCAUGCCACUCUUGGGAAGAAUUACUCAACUUUCUGUAGGGGAUAUUCCAUUACUUCAGAGAAUUCUGAUUUCUAGAUAAUGAGUCUCAAAACAUUACUGUCUCUGCACCAGCCUGACCCUCCCAUUCACCUGCAGAUAUUAAGUACAAUUAACUGGUAACAUUAUUAGAACCGUCUAUUCCAUGUUUAGUGCAGUGUUUUGAAUUUGCUCUUACAUCUUUUAUUACCAUGCCCAAAUCUUCAUGGAAUUAAGAGCCAUUAAAUCUGGGAAAGUUGAGUUUAACUAAGAUGAAGUAUUUUUAAAAAAAAUCUGCGAUGCAUGAAGAUGUGCUCAGCACUAUCAGAGGUAGGAGGAACUGUUCCUACUUAACUGUGUGAGGUACGUCAAAUGUACCUGGGUAUUUGCUAUCAGAAGCAAACUCUCAAAGUCGUGUGCAUUUCAAAGCAAGUAAGGCAGCUCUGAAACUACUGUACACAGCAGAUAUACCCCUUUGUUUGGGGUACAUUAAACUUUAUGGGACUAUAUAUUUGUAUAAAACUGAGUACAUAAAUUCCAGAGGGCUUGCUGCUCUUGUAUAAUUUAAUUGCUGUUUGGAAGUAUAGUGUUAAUUGAAUAAUUUAAUUGCUAUUAAAUAAAGGCUUUAAACUGUCC